AUGGCACAUAUAAUUGAAAAAGAAUUAAAAAAUAUAAUAAAAGAUAUAUAUGUAUCCCCAAUAUUAACUAAUAGUAGUAGAAUAGCAAAAAGAGAAAUAUCAUUUUUUUUUGGAUUAGAUAUUAAUGAAUUAUUAAAUUCAUUGGGUGGAUCUGAUUGUUUAAUAAUUGAUGAAAAAGAAAAUAUAGAUUUAAGUUUAAAUGCUAGCAUUAAUAUAAAUUACAUAAAUAAAAAUAAUACAUUAUCUGAAAAAACAUUAAGUAAUAAAAAUUUAAAAUUAUCUUUUAUAGAUGUAGACGAUUAUGAAAAUUUAAAAUUAGAGCAUAUUGAAAAAGUCUUAAUAGAUACAAUUUCAUACAAUGAACCACAAUAUUCUGAUAUAUAUAAUAAAUCAAAUUUAGAUGCAUAUUUUAGUAAAAAUAAUAAGGAUGAUAUUUAUACGAAUAUAAAAUAUUUUGAACAUAUAUGCUUAAAUUCGAAAAUUAUUCAUAACCAUAUAAAAAAUGAUAUAAAAAAAAGACAAAUCCAAAAUUCACAAUAUGAUUCUAAUACUUUUGCAGAUCAAAAGCUUGGAAAAAUCAACACAAAAAAAAAAAAAAAAAGUCAACACACAAAUGAUUCCACUACAUCUGAUUCUUCUUCUGAACAAAAUAAUAUAACUCGUAUACAAAAAUAUAAUGCUUUUUUUUUGCCAUGGUUUUAUAAUUAUUUUAAAACUUCAUGGAAGUAUAUGCAUCUAUAUAAUAGUUUACCUAUUUCCCCUUUAGGUAUUAUAUGCAUAUGUAGCACAAAAGAUAAUGAUAUUAUUAAUUUAUAUAAAUCUAUGAUUAAUUAUAAUAUUAAAAAAAAUAAUGUAUAUACUAAUCCAAAUAUUCCUAAGUGUAUAAUACUACUACAUGUAUCAAAUAGCGAUGAUGAUGAAAUAGAAACAGAUGUUCAAAAAAAUUUUGUAAAUAUUCAAUCAAAUUUUUUAAAUUAUAAAUGUCAUUUAUUAAUUAUAAAAGCUCGUAGAUUUAUAGAUGCAUGGAAUAAAUAUUAUAAUGAUAAAGAACCGCAAAUAAAUUUGAAUUUUCACAAUAGUUUAUCAAGAAAUAUAAAUGAACCGAAUGAAAAUAUACCUCAAGAUAUAAAACAAACAAUAGAAAAAAAUACAUAUAUCAUAGAUAAUGAAAAAGACAAACAAUUUGACAAUGUAAUAUAUGAAAAUAACAAAUACAUAAAUGAAUCACAAACAAAACAAUACCCUAAGCUUAAUUAUAUUCAAAAAUUUUAUGCAAAAUAUUUAACUCCAAAUCCUUUUAAAGAAAUUAACAAUAAUAGUAAUAUAUCUGUUUAUAAAAAUGUCAAAGAUGUAGAAGAUUUUCAAAAAAUAAAAAAAGAAUUAACUAAUUUAAAUAAAAUAUAUGAAUAUAUAAAUUCAGAUAAUAUAAUAUAUAUAUGUAAAAAUACACCUCUAUAUAUUGACAAUAUAUAUUUUUGUUCGUGUUUAAACCAUAUAGAUAUUAUAUCAUUAAAAAUAUUUAUACACAAUUUUAUAAAAACAAAAGUACUUUCAUAUAUUACUUCAAUUACUAAUAAUAUAAAUAAUCUAAUAUUAAGUAAUAAAAAAAGUAUAAAAAAUCAAUUAAAAUUUAUGUGGAAAAAAACAAAGUUUAGUUUUACGACAUCUGAUGCAGCUUUAUAUGUUGCUGAACAAACAGGCAAUGCUAUUAUAUCAGCAGCACAUAAUGUAUUAGCAUCUAAUAUAGAUAUUUCGCAAGGAAAAAGUAGUUUUAAAAAUACACAAUUAAUUGAUGGAACAAAUAAUAAUAACCAAACAAAUUAUUCUACUUAUGAAAAUGAAAAAAUUAUUCAAAAAAAUGAUCCAGAAAAUUAUGACAAGAAUCUUAAUUUUGGUGUCGUUGGAAAUGAUCAUUAUGAUAGUGCAUUACAAAAAAACAAAGAAGAGGGAAUCAUAACUAAUAUAUCCAAAAUAGAAAAUAUUGAAGAAAAUGAAAUGAACACAUAUAAUAAAGAGUCAUUAGAACAUAUGUAUAAAACUUUAAGUGAUAUUUAUUUUAUUUUAGAAGAAUAUGAACUAUCUUAUAAUAUAUUAAAAAUAUGUAUAAAUGAAUUUAAACAUAGUAAAGAAUAUGGUUACCUAGCAAAUUUAUAUGAAUUAUUUAGUUUAUGUAUUUUUAAUAUGAAUAAUGUAAAUAAAAAAGAUAUAUUAUAUUAUCUUGAUAUGAGUUAUCAAAUGUAUUAUAAAAUUUUUUAUUUAAAUAAUAUGUUUAUAUGUUCUAUAAUUAAUUAUUAUAUGUCUAUAGUUUGUGAAAUUAAAACCGAAGAAGCGGCUAGUAUACUUGCUAAUGCAAAUUUUGAUUUUUCAUGUAUUGAUGAUAAAAUUAACACAAAAAACAGUAUGAGCAAAUUAGAAUUUCAAAUUAAUAAUAUUCGAUCUGCUUUAUUAUUAGAGCAAAUUACAUAUAGUUAUAAAAAACACAAACACAAUAAAAUUAAAAAUAAAAAUUCAAGUUUUAUAAUUGAUAAUAUCCAAAAAAAUAAUUUCCCUCGCACCGCAUCUCAAGAAAUUCCUAUGAAUCAUCAAAACCAAAUUAAAGAACUAACUUAUAAUACUUCAACAAAUUCAUUAGUUGAUGGUAAAGACAUGCAUAAAACUGAAACUGACAAGCAUAUUAAAUCUGUAAAUAAUAAUAAUAAUUCAGUAAUAUAUAACACGAAAAAUGAUGCACUAUAUAUUCACAACAUGCGUCAAGGUGAUGUUUAUGCGCAAAAUAGAGACAAUAAUUCAAAUUUCGAACAUAUUAAAAAAAUAAAUAAAAUGGAUGAAAUAGAAGAUGUUAAUCAAACAAAUAACCUAAAAUAUAAAUCGAGAAAAUAUUUAUUUGAUUUAACAUUAGCAGGCCAUACAUUUAAUAAAUGUGGAUUUAAAAAAUUAGCUUUAUUUUGCUAUUCAAAAUCUUUAAAAAAAUAUGAAAAAAAAAAAAUGAAACAUAUAUAUGAGCAUUUGCAUUUCAUGAUGGCACGGCAAGCAUUUAGCAUAAAUCUAUACUAUGAAGCAUUACAACAUUAUAUAUGUAUUUUGAAUUCUAUAUCUAAAUAUUAUGAACAAUCUUAUGUUCUUAAUAAAAAUAUUGAUAUAUAUUCAACCUCAAUUGAUAAAGAAAUUAACUAUAUUCGAGAAUUUGCUUAUGUUUACAAAAUAUAUAUGGAUAAAGUAUUAAAUAUGUUUACUAAACUCAAUGGAAAAGAAGUUAAUACCUUUUCAGAAAACGAUUAUAUUUUUAGAAUUGAUCAUGGAAAUAGCGAAAAUAGUAACAUAUCAUACACAUUUAAUAAAUACAACAAUCCUGAUGAUAUUAUAAAACCUUUAAAUUUGAAAAUUCCAUUAAUUUGUCAAAGAAAUGAUGAAAGUUUAUUUGCAAAUUCAAUUUAUGUAUCUAAAACAAAUAUAUAUAAAUUAAAAAAAAACAAUAGUAUAAAUAAUAUUAAUUAUUUUGAUAUAUUUGAAAAUAAUUUAUUUAAAAUAAAAAAUUACAAUACAACUAUACUAGAUAUGUAUAGCAUUAUGUCAAAAGAUAUUAAUUACACUUAUAGUGACAAUAUUAAUUGUUUAAAUUAUUUAUUUAUUACUUAUAAAAAUUUUAUUAAUGCCAUAUAUAACAAUCUUAUAGAUUUAGAAAAUAGUGAAAUAUAUGUCCCUGAAAAUGUUAUGCAAAAAAAAAAUGAAUGUUCAAACGAAACUCACCAAAAUAUAAAAAAUGAAAAUAUUGAAAUAUCUGAAAAAACGAAUCAAAAUACUAUUAUCACAAACAAUUAUAUCAAUCAAAAUUAUAAUUUUUUUCAAAAAUCAGUAAAUAUUUCUCCAUUUUUUUCCAUAGAAAAUAAAAAUCUUUUUAUUUCAUAUACAAAUGAAUUAAGGCAAAAACUUAAAAAUAGUAUAGAAUUUUCUAAUAGUGCUCAAAUUAAAAAUAUAUAUCAAACAAAUUUUUCGAAACACGAACUUCAAAUUAAUAAUAAAUAUAUUCAAUAUGCAACAAAAAAUGAUUUUAUUUUUGUAACUUUUACUUUAAAUAAUCCACUUCACACAAAAGUAGAAUGCCAAGCCACACAUCUAUGUGCAUAUUUUUAUAAUAAAAAAAUAAAUCAAGAUAUUAUUGUUGAAAAAAAAAUUCUUAUUUUAGAACCCAAAGAAUCUCGAACUUUCACAUUAUAUCUUCGCCCGCUAAAACAUGGAUUACUAUUUAUAUCAGGAAUUGUUUGGGAUCUGUUCGGGCUCGUAAAGACAUAUCAAAAUUUUUACACACAUGGAUUAAAACAGUUAAACAAAAAGUUUGACAAAAUACAUAAAUUAAAAUAUGAUGAAAUAUUUAAUGUAGAUGAUGAUAUACAAAAAAAACAAAAAAUAAUUAAAAAAUUAAAUAAAGAAAAUAAUAAAUAUAUAUGGUCUAAUAGUAUAGGAAUGAUUCAAAAAAGAAGUUUGAAAAAAACAGAUAGUUACGAAAUAGAUCAUAGAUUAUUAUACUAUAUAUAUGACAAAACACAUUUAUUUGAUUUUAUAUUUGAAAAUAUUUAUUCUAAAGACAGAAGAAAACAAAAUAAUUAUGAAGUUGAUUUAAUAGAACUAUUAGAAGGAGAGGGAAUGGAAAUCAAAUUCAAAAUUGUUAAUCAUUCAGAAAUACCUCUAACAUAUUUGAGUUUGUGUAUAACACCGUGUACCUUGUUUACAUGUUAUAAGCUUGUUUAUAAUAGCAAUAGAACAUUUCAUAUUUUAAGUGAUAUAUCUAAUUCCUCACAAAAAUGUUAUAACACAGAAUCAAAUAAUGAUAAUCCUGUUUUUGUAUAUAACGAAUUAUAUUGCGAAAAUUAUGUGGAUAUAAAUAACUGUUCCGUUUUUAAGCAAAAGUUUAAAAAUAAAAAUAUACAAAAUAUAAAAAUAAAGGGAAAUUUUAAAAAAAAUGACACAUUUGUUUUAUAUCUUAAAGUUGAUACAACAUAUAGUGGAUUUCAUAAAUGUAUGAUAACUAUGUUAUGUGGAAAUGAUAUAAAUAAUAAUACCGAUUCAAAUAAACAAACAAACAAUAUAAAUAAUAAUUCUUUAAUAUAUCCUGAUAUGUUUAUAGAAAAAAAACAAUGUUCUUACUUAUUUUUCAGAAUGAUUAAUGUUAUACCUAUAAUUAAACUUAUCACAUAUCCUUUAAAUAAGUAUAACAGUGAACAAAAUUUUAUUUAUUUCCUUUUUCAUAAUUUAUGUAAAAAUGGAAUUUAUUUAUAUAAUUUAUAUCUUGAACAUACUAACAAUAAUACGGAUAAAAAAGAAAAAUAUGUACAUAUGAAUUUUACAGAAAAAAAUGUAGAAACAGAACAUAAAUAUAUAAAAUUAUUUAAUUUUUAUUCUUCAAAUAUUCUAUUUAUAAAAAAAAAACAAACUUUGACAUCUCUGUUUUAUUCAGAUAAAAAUAUAAUACACAACAACAUUUCAGAAAAUUAUUCUCUGAAUAAUACACACGUUUUAACCCCACCUCUUUACACUUCCUUCUUUCUAAACAUAAAUUGGAUAUUUAAACAAUCUGGUAUUUUAAAAAAAGGAUGUAUAAAAAAAAAAGUCAUAUUUCCCAAUGAUAUAUUAACUUUUUCUAUUGACCUAUUUGACAAAGACAUAUUUAUAAAUAAUAAAAAAGACAAACUUAUAAAAAUUGGAGUUAAUAUAUAUAACAAUUCAAAUUUCGAUAUUUUUGACUGUUAUGUACAUGCCAGGGAAAUGGAAGCAAUGAGCUUUCUUUCCUCAAUUGAUGAAAAUGAUGAUAAAGCAAGUAUUACAAGUUUUGAUGAUAAUGAUACAGAAUCUAUAGAUUAUAAAUAUAUGAAUUGUGAUUAUGAGGAUCAAAAUGUUUAUGACCAAAAUAAUGAACACAGUUCUGAACAUAAUUCCGAUUUUUCUGAAAUAUAUGAACAUCUAACCAAAGAUUUUAAAAAUAUCAAAUCUGAUAAUUUUAUAAAAAAUGAGCAUAUUGAAAAUCAAACUAAAAUAGAAGAAAAAAAUAAAAUAAUUUCUCACUAUUCUUAUAAAUCAGUGUUAUAUGAUGAAAUAAAUAUUCAAAAAAAUUCUAUAAAUGCAAAAAUGAAUAUAUCAAAAUAUAACCCCAUAACGGAAAAUUAUUAUAAAAGUGACAAUAAUGAUUUUGAAAUAUCAGUUUUGAAUUAUUCUUCAUGUUUUAAUAAUAAAAAUAAUGAAGAUAUUCAAAAUAUGAAAAAAAAAUUAAAUUAUAGUUCAGAGAAAAACAAUAUUACAGAUUUUCCACUUGACUUGCCUCAAAAAUAUAAAUUAACUCACCAAAAAAAAAAAAAAAAACUUUACAAACAUUUUGUUCAUAAUACAUUUAUACACGAUUACAACAACCCUAAUGAUUUUCUUCGAUUAACAUAUGAUGAAAUUAAUAAAAGAGAAAAUAAAAAUCCUGAACAUUUUAUUUCGAUAAAUGGUUUUACAUUUGUAGGAAUAAUACAAAAACAUAUUAAAAAAAUCAAAAAACACACACAAAAAAAAAUAUUUUUUAAUAUCCUUUUUACAAAAGAAGGAAUUUAUAAUAUAAAUAAAUUUCAUGUAGUGUUUAAGUUGAAUGGUGAAUUUUUUAUGUUUAAACCUUUAAAUGAAUUAAUUGUCCAAAUCCACAAAUAA